UACUUUUCUUAAUUCGAGCGCGAGGUGGUAGCACGGUGUAAGUUUUUCUGCCAAGUAUACUACACAUUAAACAUGAACAUUCAUAUACUAACAUUUUAUUUCAUUCUGAGUAAAGGAACACUAAAAAAAGCAACGCGGUAGGUUUGAGAAGAGUACACAAUGCACCAAAUGGAUAAGAGACAUCCCUCCCUCUGAUAUAAAACAGUUGAUAUUGACAGCUCUCGUCUUGAUCCGGGAUAACCUCUUGGUCCAAUCGACUACCAAUUCUUGUCACGUCUAUACUCGACGAUUGCCAAAACAUUUUGAAAGAAUGGCAUGUCUUUUGUUGAAUCAGGAAAAUGUGCACAUUAAAAUUCCAUCAGCUGACACUGUCGAAGGUAUUACUUAUUAUUGCAUCGAGGUUAGGAUUGCUUCAAUCAAAUGGACUGUGAAGCACAGAUACAAUGAUUUUGCUGAACUUCACGAUAAACUUGUCUUAGAGAAUUAUGUUAAGAAAGAUAUAUUGCCACCAAAGAAGCUUAUUGGAAAUAAAUGUGAAGCUUUUGUAGAAAAGCGUAGAUUAAGCUUAGAAAUUUAUUUAAAUGAAGUAUACAACUAUUUGAAAAAAGCAAUGCCUAGAGAAUUAGCUGUAUUUCUUGAUAUGCAUAUAUAUGAUAUAUUUUUCCUACUACAGAGUAUGGCUUUAGAAUUUUUUAUAGAAGGAAAUAGUUUAUUACAGAAGUCCAAGAGUCACAAAUUUAAUCCAGUUCAGCUAUAUGCAAUCAGUGAGAGAUUAAAACAACCUUGUCCACCAAUCGAAGUGGUUGAUAAAAAAUAUGAUUUCAGUCAUGUCUUGGACUUUAAUUCUCAUUUAACUGGUCUGAUCAUUGAAGGAAGUUCAGAACCUUAUAGAACCAGCAAUAUUUAUUCAUCAGCAUUGUCCAUUGAAUUAACAAGUUUCAAGAACAUAGAGAAUCUAACCAUUAAUCAAUAUCCAAUGGACAAGAUAUAUCAUAUGGGCAAUCUUCGAGAUACAGUGAAAUAUUUAAAAGUGAACAAUACAAAGCUUAGAAAUAUCGUUGAAUUAGCAAUGUGCGAAGAAGUACAUAAAACAAUUGAAAACGCGAACGAUUCCCAUAUUUGGUUUAAAGUCACUCAUCUAGAUCUUAGUGAUAAUCGAAUAGAAGUUAUAGAUGAAGCAAUUAAAUUAUUACCACAAAUAGAAUGUUUAACAUUAAAUAAUAAUCUACUCUCUGAAAUUUCUAACAUCACUUUAUUACCGAGAUUGUCUCAAUUGUAUUUAGCAUCGAAUAAUUUCACAACUUUACCCGAUGAUUUGCAUACGAAACUUGGUUAUAUAGUGUAUAUCGAUUUGUCUCAAAACAAAUUAACUUCAUUAUCGAGUUUCUCAAAAUUGUAUUCAUUAGAAGGUCUAGACGUAAGUUGCAAUCGUAUCGAAAAGAUCGAAGAGGUAAAGAAUAUUGGUCAUUUACCUUGUUUGGAAAAUUUAAGAUUAACUGGCAAUCCAGUGUCAACAAUUGUCGAUUAUAGAGUAAAAGUAUUAGAACCGUUUGGAAAAAGAGCGGCAGAUAUUUGUUUAGAUAAUGAAAAACCAAAUCAAAAGGAAUUAGAUACUGUUUCUGUUCAUCAAGCAUUACGCAUUGCAAGAGAAGGAAAAUCACCUACAUUCACAGCUUCAGAUGCACCUUUAUUUUCUGCAGAGAUUCCAAAUAUAUAGAAUUGCAUAAAUUACAAUUUCAUUUCAAAAGA